AUCAAAACCAUUUUCCUUGUAGAGGAAAAAAAGGAGCAAACGGGUAGCUUAGAAAAAUCUUGAGGGACACAAAUGGUGUUGUCCGGAGAGGAGUCCCCGGCCCGGGCCAUGUUCGCGCUCCCGGUGGACUCGGAGCACAAGGCCACCGCGUUCCGUCCCUUCUCGCUCGCGAACCCCCACAUGCGGGCUUUCCACCUCUCCUGGGUCUCCUUCUUCUCCUGCUUCGUCUCCACCUUCGCGGCCCCGCCACUCCUUCCCAUCAUCCGGGAUGACCUCGACCUCACCGCCACCGACAUCGGCAACGCGGGGAUCGCCUCGGUCUCGGGGGCCGUCUUCGCCCGGGUCGCCAUGGGCACCGCUUGCGACCUCUUCGGGCCACGCCUCGCUUCCGCAUCCCUCAUCCUCGUCACCGCCCCGGCAGUCUACUGCUCCUCCAUUGCUAACUCGGCCAGCUCCUUCCUCCUCGUCCGGUUUUUCACCGGAUUCUCCCUCGCGACUUUCGUGUCCACCCAGUUCUGGAUGAGCUCCAUGUUCUCGCCGCCCGUCGUUGGGUCUGCCAAUGGUGUGGCUGCCGGGUGGGGGAACCUCGGUGGCGGCGCGACGCAGCUGAUCAUGCCGCUUGUCUUCGGGGUCAUCCGUGAUGCUGGUGCGGUUAAGUUCACGGCGUGGCGGAUUGCCUUCUUCAUCCCAGCGCUUUUCCAGACUCUGACGGCCUUCAUGAUCAUGUUCUUCGGGCAAGACAUGCCGGACGGCAACUUCGGGAAGCUUGAGAGCUCCGGCGAGAAGCCGAAGGAUGAGUUCUCGAGGGUGCUCUACCACGGCGCUACCAACUACAGGGGGUGGAUCCUGGCGCUGACGUACGGGUACUGCUUCGGGGUCGAGCUAACAGUCGACAACAUCAUCGCCGAAUACUUCUACGACCGGUUCAACCUGAAGCUGCACACAGCGGGGAUGGUGGCAGCGUCCUUCGGGCUUGCGAAUGCGUUCUCGAGGCCGGCCGGGGGGCGGCUGUCGGAUGUGAUGGCGAGGAGGUUCGGGAUGAGAGGGAGGCUGUGGGCGCUGUGGGCGGUGCAGACGAUGGGAGGAGUGCUGUGCGUGGUGCUCGGACGGGUCGGCUCGCUCGGUGCGUCGGUGGCGGUGAUGAUCGCGUUCUCCGUGUUCGUCCAGGCCGCGUGCGGUCUCACGUUCGGCGUGGUUCCUUUCGUCUCUCGGAGGUCAUUGGGGGUGGUCUCCGGCAUGACCGGAGGUGGUGGCAGCGUGGGAGCUGUCCUGACCCAACUGAUGUUCUUCAAAGGAUCCAAGUACUCCAAAGAGACGGGCAUCACCCUCAUGGGCAUAACGAUCAUCUGCUGCACCCUUCCCACCGCUCUCAUCUACUUCCCGCAGUGGGGCGGCAUGUUCUGCGGCCCAUCCCCGGCAGCCAAAGGCGCCACCGAAGAGGAUUACUACCUGUCCGAAUGGAGCGACAAAGAGCGGGAGAAAGACUUCCACCGGGCGAGCCUGAGGUUCGCCGAGAACAGCAAGAGCGAGAGAGGUAGCAGGAGAGGGGAAUUGGUGACGGCCCCGGAAGAAAAGGCCUCCGAUCCGGAGCAGGCUUAGUGAUUAGCCGCCGGCGUGAUUAGCAUCUCUUUCUCUUUUUGCCCUGCUCGGGAAGCACGUUGUUUGACAGUAGACUCUACAAUCUUUUGGUGGGGUUUCGCUGUGUUCUUGUGCUCUUGCGCCGUGUCCAAAUAAUUUGAUCAUGUA